CUUCGCGAAGAGCCCACGUCCAUGAAAUGUGUCCCUCGCGCCACGCCGUCUGUUUCCAGGGCAACCGCAGAGCCUCCUAUUCACUGUGCGCGCAAUUUGGGUGGGUUACCCGCUCCCCCUCGUCUGCCAUGGCGGCCGCGAGCCCCAGCGUCUUCCUACUCAUGGUUAACGGACAGGUAGAGAGCGCCCAGUUUCCCGAGUAUGAUGAUCUCUACUGCAAGUACUGCUUUGUGUACGGCCAGGACUGGGCUCCCACGGCGGGUCUGGAGGAAGGCAUCUCCCAGAUCACAUCCAAGAGCCAAGAUGUGCGGCAGGCGCUGGUGUGGAACUUCCCCAUUGACGUCACCUUCAAAAGCACUAACCCCUAUGGCUGGCCCCAGAUUGUGCUCAGCGUGUAUGGACCGGAUGUGUUCGGGAAUGAUGUGGUCCGAGGAUACGGGGCAGUACACGUGCCUUUCUCACCCGGCCGGCACAAAAAGACCAUCCCCAUGUUUGUCCCAGAAUCUACAUCUAAACUGCAGCAGUUUACGAGCUGGUUCAUGGGAAGGCGGCCUGAGUACACAGACCCCAAGGUGGUAGCUCAGGGUGAAGGCCGGGAAGUGACCCGAGUACGCUCCCAGGGCUUUGUCACUCUCCUCUUCAACGUGGUGACCAAGGACAUGAGGAAGCUGGGCUACGACACUGGGCCUCCGGACACACAGAGCAUCUUGGGGCCCAGCCCACCCCAGGGCCUCCCCUGAUGAAGGCACCAGGCCAUCCACCAGCAAGUCUGGCCAUGCAGUCCAGCAGACCAAGCGGUUCUCAGAUAAUGCUCGGGCUGUCCUGGGGAGUCAACCACCAUCUGCCUUGAGUGCAGCUUGUGGGGCGGGAGCAGGACUGGGGAGAUAUUUUUAUAUAAUAAAGUGUGACUUUUCCAUAGUGGCCAGGCCUAGGGCUGCCCCCCUCCCCUCUCAUUGCACCUUCCCUCCAUCUGCUGGCCUGAGGGGCUCACUCCAACCCUACAGGGGCAACUGCCCAGGGGUUAGAAGUUGCCAGAGACGGCAUGCUAGAAUGGCCAACUAGGAUGAGAGCUUGGGCUUAACCUGGCUCUGCCACUUACAGUUGUGACUCUUUCUACACCUCAACACACCCCUAGAUUGGGCAUAUCCACCUUGGAGGCUUUGGGAGCUCUGCACAAUCACUUGUGAACUAUGUUCCAUGACCACCACCUGCCUUGGCAAGGAGAGUACUGUCAGCAGGAGCUGCAUGGAGAGACCCCAGCCCACCCUCGGGCUGACCCCACCUCUGCAGCCCAGAGGAUGGGCUGAAAACUUCACUUCCAUAGGUGGGAAACUGCUGGAAUCAGUGUUCCAGUCAGUCUCAGCAGGCGAGGAAGGUGAACUGGGCCCCCUCAGCACAGUCCCUAGGACCCUCCCCGCCCCACUUCCCUGCACAUAUCCUGUAGCACUUAGGUGAACUCUCUGGGCAUGGACACAGCUUGCCCCCUCCCCACAGCCUGCACAGCACCUCAGCAAGAUUUAAGGGAAGCCAUAAGGUGCCUUGCCUCAGGCUCCUGGCAGGUCCCCUGCCUCCCACCUGAAGACUGUCACUCUACCACUACAUGCUGCCCUGGCUGCAACUGGAAUUGCUCUAAGAGGCCACACGAACACUCUCUCUCAUUUAGUUCUCAGCAUCAGAAGUUUAUGUGGCUCACGGUACUCCAUUCUCUGGCCCCAAAUCACUAUGCUUUGGAACUCAGGAUCUGUCAUCAGGAAAAUUCCUGAUUAUUCUGAACCUCUGAAUGCAAAUUUCCCUCACUGUCUAGCCAUAACUGAAGCCCACUGUCCCCUGCAAUCUUAAAGGCAGCAUAUUUUUGCUCCCACACCCCAUGUGUGUUUGCUCCUCAUUAGCAUUUUCCUCAUUCCCUAUCCUGGCUCUCUUGAUGUUGGGACAUCACUCUGCCACAUGUCCACCAGAGACUUGGCUACCUUGUCGUUCUGUCCAGCUAUCCUUGGCAACAUCACUCUGCUUGCUCGUUCCCUUCUGGACCAUGCUGAAGGAGGCAUUGUCACAACAAGAAAGCAGCCAGUGCUCCUGAUCUCUGCUUGGACAGCUGCCCAAUAGGCAUUAGAUUGUGAAAGUCAACCUGUGUUAAGCUGCUGAGACACAGAGUCCUGUUACUACAGUGUAACCUAGUGUGCCCUGACGUAACGCACCCCUCACCUGUCCUCAAAGUGGCACCCUAGCUGCUCCAAGCCCCCAUGGCAAAUCCUCCUCCCUGACUGGGUGUUGGGAGGUCAGAUUUUCAGUGCAGAAAUAUGGGGGUGCAGGGCAGCCCCAGAGCAGAGGUAGGAACUUGGGGUCUCACCAAAGAAGCUGUAUGCCCACCCCUGUGAACUUUUCCAUCUGCAUCUCCCUUUAGCCCCCACCCUCACCCUCUGCCCUUGCCACCCACUUUUCCACAAUCAGAAGAGCCUCUUCCAUCUACUGAGUAGGGUCAGUCCCUCUGCACCCAGUCAGCUGUGCCACAGUAAAGCUGCCCAAGUCGCCCAGGAGCCAGUGACUACAAUUACUAUCCACAAAUCUGCAGGUUCGAGGGUCAGCUUCUUAAGGGGCAGCUCUUCUGGUGAUGUGCAUGUGGAUGCGUUAGAGCUCAGUGGACCCUGGCCUGCAACUUUGGAACUGGCUUGCUGUCACACCUCACUCUAUGCACAUCUGUGGCUAGACCCCCAAGUCCACGGGUGGUGAACUGCUCCCACUCAUGAUGAGGCCACAGCAAGGGGUAGAGGACCAUGGCCAGCACUUCCACACCUUUGCAGACCAUUGCAGUGUCCCACUGCCAUGUCCUUCCCUGAUAUCCAGAGGCACCAAGCAGGCACCCAGCCUGCCUAGGCAGGGGGCCCAAGUCAGUGGUCUCAUUAACCUCAGGCUGAGCUGGGUCUGGGCAGGAACUGGCUCCCUUGCUUAGCCACCCUCUCGUGUGGUAGGACUGAGGGUGGGGGAAGGACACAGCCAGAAACCGUAUCAUGAUACAAAUGAUAAAUUAUAUUUAUACAGUAAAUAAGUAUCAAUAGUCAACACAAGUUCAAAACCAGCCACCGGCCCCUAGGACUGAGAAAACGGCUGGAUGACACCUCCUACCCCAGUGCCAGUCAGGAAGGAGCAGGAUGGCAUGUGUGCAACACGCGUGGCAGGAGCCGGUGGCUUCAUGAUCAGUGCAGCGGGCAACAGUGACAAGGCGCCAGGGGGUGGGCCUGUGCUGGGCGGCAGGGCCAGAGUGUUCUCGGGCCUCAGUGGCCAUGGUUGUAAUGUUGGGGCCUCAAAGUCACAUCAGGAAGGGCUCUUGUCUGUUAGAAAAGAAUCACUGAACCAUGUAGGUGAGUUUGGUCUGUGAACUGUGAGGUGGUCCAGGCGCGCACCAAGUGAGGGAAAGCACCUUCCUGGGAAGCAUCCUGCCCCAGUCCUCCCUGCCUCCAGCCUCCCCCAGGCCAGAGACCAGACACAGCCUCUGAAAUGACUCAGGAGCCCCUCAGUUCAGCCCCAGCUCUCCAAUUCCGGCAGAAACAUGGCUGGUCGGGAGCUCUGGGAUGGCCUCGGGGGGAGGGGAGGAAUAGGGGAGCAGCAGCUUUGAACUUUUUUAAACAGGGACAGAAGAGUGGCCUGAGUGGGCAAUUCUGAAUCAGCCUGUAUACCUCUAGCAUUUUACAUCUCCCUUGGCCCAGUGAGAAGAGUCAGAUCUCCCCUUGGAACCAGAGGGGUAAGGAGGGAGGCCAUGCCAGGUGGGUGGCUGCCAGCGGAGCUAGAGUAGAGAAGUCCGCAGUGAAAAGCAAGACCGAAACACCAGCCACGCAAGCUGACUGGACAUGGGAUUCAGGGCACAUGUCCUUUCCCCGGAGGGAAGCAAGUCUUUUCUGACCUUUAAUUCAUGACAAUACUUUAAGUGGUGGGUGGUGAGGAGGAAAGCAGGAGGUUGGGAAAGGGAGAGAAUAUUAGUGCCUGUUUGUUAAAAAUCUAUUGGGUGAGAAUGCUUUUAUCCUUCCUCUCCAAAAUAAGAGCUGAUUAUUUGAAAAUCUGCAACAUGUAUCUGGAGUUAGCAGGUGGGUGGGUCAGGGCCAGCCCUGGUCCGACACCCUGGUUGAGUAGGGGGGCCAUCCACCCGGGACCCACAGGCACGGAAGCACCACGGCUCCCAGGCAACUGCCGUUUCCACACCAUUCCCAUCUUCACCCUGAGCAUGGAUUAAGACAGAGGAGAUCACAGACACACAAGGUUCAAGAUGGCGCUUCCAUCUCAGAUUUCCACUGCAAACGGAAGUCCUUGUUAAUGCUGUGCAUGCCUUCAGUUACAAAAAGGAGUUAGCUGAUAAAAACUGGUGAGUCACAUUCAUACGUUAGCUUUUCUUUUAAACUUUCUUGAUGUUGGUAUAUCAGUAAGAAAAAUAGCCUCUCUUAGGAUCUAGCCAAAAAAGGCAGAGAGUUAAUCUCUUGGUGAUUCACAAAAAAAGGGGGAGUUAAAGAAAGGAAAAGGCAACUGGAGGCUAGGAUUUUUGUUGCUGUUGUAGUUUUUUUUUUUUUUAAAUAAACAUCAUCUUUUAUGUGUAAUCAAAUUCCCGUAUUUUUUCCUAUAAAGAAUUUGCUUUAGUUUUUCCAUAAGGCAUAUUUUUGUCUCUUCCUUUUUAAAUUUUCUUACAGAGUUAAAACCAUAAAUAAGAUUUAAACCACUAACAUGACAGGUGCCAAUAUCUUCAUUCAGCCAGACCUGGUAAAUUCUAUCAAAACUAGACAGUUAAAUAAGAACCACGUUAUAAAAAUAUUAGCCAAAAAAAGACUAUUAGAUAAUUCUGCAAACUCAAAUAUGAAACUGUACUAAACAAAAUAUGUGCAAACGUAUACAAGCAUAGAGCCACGUGGCAGGGUUAUGCUCAGAUUAGUUUAAAGCUUGCUCUAGAUUUAAUUCAAGAGUUGUUCCACGGUGGUGCUGUUACCUUUGAACUCACAUGAGUCAAAGAAAAAUAAAAUAUGCACAACCACUUCCCCAAAA